AGAAGGAGCGAAGCUCUGGCCCGGCGCGGAGUGGGCACUCUACGGGGACGCUGGGCCGGGGCACCGGGCUGUGUGGAGAAGUGAGCGCGCUCGCCUGACCCCCCUGUCCCCGCCACCCCGAGCCACAAGCUGCGAGCUCCCUAGGCCCGCCCGAGGCCUCAGUUCCCCCGUCCCGAGGCGGCGACGACGUCUUGCAUUCGGCUGAGUCGCCGCGCCCGCGCCCCCGCCCUGCCGCCCCCUUCUUGCCCUGCCGGCCGCGGGUCUGUGGUGAAACGCAACCCCGAAGCAGCCCGGCCGAGUCCACUGAAGGUAAAGGAGAAGGAUAAUCUUCCAAUACCAGCACUUUGAAUGAAAGCUUGUUUCUCUGCCACACACUGAACACUUUUUUUUUGUAGCGAAGUUGAAACAGACCUAAUUUUGUGGCCUAGCAGCUAUGCAGCUUGAAAUCCAAGUAGCACUCAAUUUUAUCAUUUCAUAUUUGUACAAUAAGCUUCCCAGGAGACGUGUCAACAUUUUUGGUGAAGAGCUCGAAAGACUGCUCAAGAAGAAAUAUGAAGGGCACUGGUAUCCUGAAAAGCCAUACAGAGGAUCAGGGUUUAGAUGUAUCCACAUCGGGGAGAAAGUGGACCCAGUGAUCGAGCAAGCGUCCAAAGAGAGUGGGCUGGACAUUGAUGAUGUGCGUGGCAACCUGCCCCAGGACCUCAGCGUUUGGAUCGACCCGUUUGAGGUGUCCUACCAGAUCGGGGAGAAGGGACCCGUGAAGGUGCUAUAUGUGGAUGAUAAUAAUGAAAAUGGAUGUGAGCUGGAUAAGGAGAUCAAAAACAGCUUUAACCCAGAGGCCCAGGUGUUCAUGCCCAUCAGUGACCCCGCCUCCUCGGUGUCCAGCUCCCCGUCACCUCCCUUUGGCCACUCUGCUGCCGUGAGCCCUACCUUCAUGCCCCGGUCCACCCAGCCUCUGACCUUUACCACUGCCACUUUCGCCGCCACCAAGUUCGGCUCCACCAAAAUGAAGAACAGCGGCCGCAGCAGCAAGGUGGCCCGCACUUCUCCCAUCCACCUCGGCGUGAACGUGAACGUGAGCGACCUCCUCAAGCAGAAAGCCAUCUCCUCCUCAGCGCACUCUCUGUACGGGCUGGGCCUGGGCAGCCAGCAGCAGCCGCCACAGCAGCCCGCCCAGCCGCCGCCCCCGCCGCCAACCCAGCAGCAGCCACCGCAGAAAACCUCUGCGCUUUCUCCUAAUGCCAAGGAAUUCAUUUUUCCCAAUAUGCAGGGUCAAAGUAGUAGUCCCAAUGGAAUGUUCCCAGGUGACGGCUCCCUCAACCUCAGCCCUCUCCAGUACAGCAAUGCCUUUGAUGUGUUUGCAGCCUAUGGAGGCCUCAACGAGAAGUCUUUUGUAGAUGGCUUGAAUUUUAGCUUAAAUAACAUGCAGUAUUCUAACCAGCAAUUCCAGCCUGUUAUGGCUAACUAAACAAAAAAUCCAGAGGAAAGAAAAAGUGUAUCGUACAAAUUAAAAUGCUCGGGCCCAAGGGGGUAUUUUUUUUCUCACCUCCUUGAGAUUUUUUUUUAAGCUUCUAGUGAAGAUACAUUCAAGCUUGGUUACAAAAAUAAAACAUGCAUCAUUUUUCAUUUGCCAACCAAGCACAGAGUUAUUUUAUACUGACUGUAUAUUUUAAAGUAUACUCUCAGAUAUGGCCUCUGACAGUAUUUAAGAUAUAGCAAGGACGUGGCUGAUUUUUUUUUUUUUUAUAAAAAAUUGGCACUAAUAAGUGGGUUUAUUGGUCUUUUCUAAUUGUAUAAUUUAAUUUAGUACAAAGUUUGUAACAUAUCAGAGGAUAUAUAUAUUGUUUCUACGACAUGGUAUUGCAUUUAUAUCUUUUUACUACAGUGAUCUGUGACAGCAGCAGCUUCAUGUUGUAUUUUUUUUACUGAAAUUGUAAGAUAUCCAUCUUAAAGACAUCAACUAUUCUAAAAUUGUGUACAGGAUAUUCCUUUAGUGGUGGAAUUAAAAUGUACGAAUAUUUGCUUUUUCAAAAAAAUGUAUUUUCUGUUAAAGGUUUAAAGAUUUUUGCUAUAUAUUAUGGAAGAAAAUGUAAUCGUAAAUAUUAAUUUUGUACCUAUAUUGUGCAAUACUUGAAAAAAAACGGUAUAAAAGUAUUUUGAGUCAGUGUCUUACAUGUUAAGAGGGACUGAAAUAGUUUAUAUUAAGUUUGUAUUAAAAUUCUUUAAAA